AUGGCGCGUUCUCGUCGGCAUGGCAACGGACCCCAGACGCCAGCGAGGUUUUACGAUCGCCCCCGACGGCGACCCGAGGAUAACCGACCGCGUGCCCUGAAAACGAACCUAGGUGCACCUGCUUUUGGAAAAAGCCUUGAUAGAUUACCUGCGAACGUGAUGUUAUGCGGGUCGGCUGGAUUGCAAAAGCUUGCAAGCGUCUUUCGUAGUAGUAACCAAGGUGGAAUUGUCUCAAAAUCUAUAACAAAUAAUGCUCCUGUGGCUACUCAAUAUGUUUCAAAUACCGCCACAGAUAUCAUAGCAACUUGUAACAAAUUAAUAGAAGAAAGAUCAUCUCGCAACUUUGCUAUUGUCCAUUUGCUGGGUAAACAAUGGAGAGUCACAGAUGGAGACUUGCUGGUGGUUGAAGGUUACUGGCCACCAAAUAUUGGUGACAAAAUCACAUUAGAUAAGGUUUUACUUGCUGCAACAAAAGACUUAUCCCUCAUAGGAAGGCCAAUUGUUCAACCCGGUUUAGUCACAAUCACAGCAACUAUAAUAUCUAAAGGUUUAUCGCAUACUAGAACACACUUUAAAAAGAAGAGAAGGAAGCAAUUUAUGAGGAUAAAUUUUCAAAGAGCACAACAGACAAUAUUAAGAAUCAAUUCUGUUGUUAUUAACAAUAAAAUCAAUGAACCUGCAAAGAAUGUAUUUUAA